GUAGUGCCAGGGGAGCGGGGGCCGGAAAGGGGGGUCCUUGCUCACCCCCUGGGUACCCACAGGCUGGGGCGGCCGAGCCGGGUGCGUUUCAGUGACCCCGAGGGCAACGUGCUGUUUGAACACCCCGUGCAGAAGAGCGCUGCCCCUGAGGAUGGCAUGCUCUGCGGGAUGUGGAGGACGGUGUCCAAGGCCAACGUCCAGUUGCUGCGGGGGGAGCAGCUCCGCGUGUCCCUCAUCACCCGGGCGCAGCCCUCUGGAGAGGUCCAUGGGCACAUCCUCAAGCACCGGGCGCUCUUCGCAGAGACCUUCGGUGCCAUCCUGACCUCGUCGGACCCCACACACCUGGGUGCCGGGGGCAUGGCCAUGCUGACGCUGAGCGACACUGAGAACAACCUGCACUUCAUCCUCAUGGCCCGGGGGCUGCUGGAGCCUGGCGCCGGGGAAUCCCCCCGGGUCCCGCUGCGGGUCCGCAUCCUGCACCAGGGCCAGACUCUGCGGGAGAUCCGUGCCAACAUCACCGUGGAGGACCCCGACUUUGCAGAGGUGCUGAGCGAGCUGUCUGCCCACGAGCUGCAGUGGCUGGUGCAGGGGCAGCUCCACAUCGUGGCCGAGACGGAGGGCCGGCACGCGCGCCAGCUGGCAGGCACCAUCACCACCCGCCGUAGCUGUGACACCAUCCAAAGCGUGCUGUGUGGAGCGGACGCCUUGCUGCCCACCAAGACAGGUGCCGUGGGCUCAGCCAAGCUGGCACUUCAUGAGAAUGGCACCCUGGAGUACCAGGUACAGGUGGUGGGUACUGCCAGUGAAGUGGUGGGCAUCACACUGGAGACCAAACCCCGGCGGAAGAGCAAGAGAAACAUCCUGUUUGACAUGACACCCAGCUACAAGGAUGGGCUGGCCCAGGGCACCUGGCAGAGCCCCAGCGCCCGUGAUGCCCACAUGCUGCUGCAGAACGAGCUCUUCCUCAAUGUGGCCACCAAGGACUGGGCGGAGGGCGAGCUGCGGGGCCAGGUCAUCUCCCUGCCCUACAGCGGGCUGCUCGCCCGCUACACAGAGAUGCCCGUGGCACUGGCGGGGCAGCUGGUGUCCCCCCCAGUGGGCAGCGGUGCCGGGGGGCACGCCUGGCUCUCACUGGAUGAGCACUGCCACCUGCACUAUGAGAUCUCGGUGGCGGGGCUGGGCCGCCCGGCCGACGGCACCGUCAGCGCCCACCUCCAUGGGGUGGCUGAGCUGGGUGAGAUGGGUGCCCGUCCCCACCAGCACAAGCGUCUGCUCAAGGGCUUCUACAGCACCGAGGCUCAAGGGGUGGUCAAGGACCUGGAUGCCGACCUGCUGCAGCACCUGGCACAGGGCACUGCUUUCUUGCAAGUCAGCACCAAAGCCCACCCCCAUGGGGAGAUGCGGGGACGGGUGCACAUCCCCAACCAGUGCCAUGCAGGAGGGACCCGCCUGGCCCCAGGUGAGGCCGAGCUCUCCGAGGACAUCAAGACCAGGGAUCUGGAGCAGCUGAAGAAGGACCCCAACUCCUGCUUCUUUGAGGGGCAGCACCGGGCUCAUGGCACCCGCUGGGCACCCGACUAUGACAGGAAGUGUUCCAUCUGCAGCUGCCAGAAGCGCACGGUGAUCUGUGACCCCAUCCUGUGCCAGCCCCUCAACUGUACCCACCAGGUGCACCCCGAGGAGCUGUGCUGCCCUGUCUGUGAAGAGAAGAAGAUGGAGCAGGAGGAGCUCAAGCUGGAGCGGGCACGGGACAGUAGCGAGGGCUGCUACUUUGACGGGGACAAGACGUGGCGAGGCUCUGGCACCCGCUGGCACCCUGUCGUGCCACCCUUUGGCCUCAUCAAAUGUGCCAUUUGCACCUGCAAGGGCACCACGGGCGAGGUGCACUGUGAGAAGGUGCAGUGCCCGCGGCUCACCUGUGCCAACCCGGUGCGCGCCAGCCCCUCCGACUGCUGCAAGCAGUGCCCAGUCCCAGAGAAGAGCAUCCCUGAGCUGGCCGACACCAUGCAGGCGGACGGGCCGCGGGCAUGCCGCUUUGGCCGCCGCUGGUACCUCAACAACGAGAGCUGGCACCCCUCCGUACCCCCCUUCGGAGAAAUGAAGUGUAUCCUGUGCUGGUGUGUGGCGGGGGAAACACACUGCCAGCGCCAGGAGUGCCCGCCGGCCGCCUGCGCCGGCCCCCCCAGGAGGGACAACCCCUGCUGCGCCAAGUGCCGUGCCCCGGAUGCCCCCCCAGAUGUGCGGGAGAAGGUCCACGAUGCCAGGACAGAGGUGUGGAGCCGCUGAGCAGUGACCGCUGCCCAGAGCGGGGCGAGCGCGCAGCGAGGCCGGGUGGCCGUGAGGGGGUCCCUGCCACCCAUCACCCCCGCACAGGAUGGGGGGCACAGAGGAGCACAGCGGGGUGGAUGUGGCCAGGCGCCCAGCCUGGGCACCCCGUCUCAGCACGGCCGCGAUGCCAGGGCUGCCCUGCCCGCUCAUGCCAGCGGGCAGUGGCCGGGCUGGCAGAGGCUGGGGCACCCCUGCCCUCCCGCUCCCAGCCCCCCUGGCCGGCGGGCACAGUGGGCAUCACGCCUGCCUUGUACAUAGUGUAAAAUCUCUCUGGCCCCUGUCUCGCCUGGGCUCGUCACAUAAUUUAUGGUGCCUGUGGACGGGGGUCACGAUGUAUUUAUUAAAAACAGAGAUAUUGCC